GUAUACAAGGAACAAGUCUCAAGUAAACCACGCAAGAAAAAUCUCCUCCAUUUUGUUUUUCUUAGGCUCUUCUCCUAUCCUAUCUCUCCGUAUCUACUUGGCUUCAUCUCGUAUUACUACAGUUCACAAUCUCUCAAUCUACUUUUGUAAGGAGAGAAAGAAAAAUGUCGACGGGAACAUGGUUGGGUGAUGAUGGCAGCGAAGGAGUUGCUAUCAAUAGUGGUCGUUAUGUUCAGUAUAACCUCAAUGGCAAUAUCUUCGAAGUCUCUAGAAAGUAUGUUCCUCUUCGUCCUGUCGGAAGAGGCGCUUCUGGCAUCGUAUGUGCUGCUUUGAAUACGGAAACGGCCUAUCAAGUAGCGAUCAAGAAGAUUGGUAAAGCAUUUGACAACAUUAUUGUCGCCAAGAGAACUCUGAGAGAGAUUAAGCUUCAUAAGCAUAUGGAUCAUGACAACGUCGUUGCCAUCAAAGACAUUAUAAGACCAAGGCAGCGAGAUAAUUUCAAUGACGUUUACAUUGUUUACGAGUUAAUGGACACUGAUCUUCAUGCAAUCAUACGCUCCAACCAACCCUUAACUGAUGCACAUUCUCGGUUCUUUCUAUAUCAGUUGUUGCGAGGACUCAAAUAUGUGCAUUCAGCUAAUGUAUUGCACCGUGAUUUAAAACCGAGUAAUUUGCUGGUGAAUGCAAACUGUGACCUCAAGAUUGGAGAUUUUGGGCUUUCCAGGACUAGAUCAGAGACAGACUUGAUGACUGAAUAUGUUGUUACCCGUUGGUACCGAGCUCCUGAGUUGCUCCUUAGUUGCUCCGAGUACACAACAGCUAUUGAUAUCUGGUCUGUUGGUUGUAUUCUCGGUGAAAUAGUUACAAGGGAGCCGUUAUUCCCUGGCAGAGAUUAUAUUCAGCAGCUUCGACUCAUCAUCCAGCUUAUAGGUUCACCUGAUGAUUCAAGCCUCGGGUUCUUAAGAAGUGACAACACGAGACGAUAUGUAAAACAGCUUCCACAGUAUCCAAGACAAAACUUUGCUGAUAGGUUUCCAAACAUGUCUAUUGAGGCAGUUGAUUUGCUGCAGAAGAUGCUCGUCUUUGACCCAAGCAAACGCAUAACAGUUGAUGAAGCUUUGUGCCACCCAUACCUAGCGCCUUUUCACGACAUUAACGAAGAAACUGUGUGUGAGAGACCGUUCGGUUUUGAUUUUGAGCAACCUUCUUUGACGGAAGGGAAUAUCAAGGAGCUUAUAUAUCGUGAAUCAAUCAAGUUUAACCCUCAAGAUUCUACUGAGUGACUUGAAGAGAAUCUUAGAGCUUUUACAUAAUCUCUGUAUUGUCACAUGCAGUAACUUUGAAAGACUGUUAAAUCUUAUCUUAUUUGAAACUCCCA